AAUAUUCUUCCAUUAAUCUUCCGCCAUUAUUGCCUGCCUCACCUCCCACACUACCUGUCUCCUUCAUAAAUCAUCAUGCAUUCCCGUACACUUAACGCGGCCAAUCAAAACGUUUUUCUUAUUUUUUUGCAACCAAUUAAAAUGAUUUUGAGUUUAAUCCGCAGUAUAUUUGGCCCAAUCAAAUUCGAGUAUUCUUUUAGGUCUCAUUUCCAAAUUUAAGUUUAGUUCUGACCAUGGUAGUCUGCGAUGGAUGUCACUUAAAAUAUAUGGAGCUGAUUACGAGUUUCUAGAAAAAAAUACGUAGAAACUGAAUCAUUUUUUUUGAUCGCAUGGUGUUCCUCAGUUAAGUGUACUAAGAGCAAGACUGAAUGUAGAUAUCGUAAAGACCAACAUAUGUGACGGUGUGUAGGAAUCCCAGAAUGCGACGACGAACAAGAACCAGACCGAUAAGAUGCCGGUAGACAGAGCUAACGACCACUCUUGACCCAGCAUGACCACCAGCCGUAGAGUGUGUGGUGACAGGGAUGUUCCCCAGGUUCCUUACAAGUAUUGUGUCCUGGCGGUCAGUAGCUGUUCUGGCAGUGGUGGCCAGUGUGUUACAGGUGACCAACGUUGUGUUAACAUGGCAGCUCAGACAGAGGCAAUUGAUCUCUAUGGCUGGGGAGAAGAACACCGCCCUGGGCCCCAAGACUGGACUGAGGGGUCAACACCACCUGUUCCGCAGACGAGAUUAUCACCUCGGUCAAAAGCUUUCAGACGACCAUCAAGCUAUACUGACCCGCAUCGCCCACUGGAGUGUACUGGAUGGCUCGGGGGAGUUCCGGGUGUCUACUGGGGUGGUGCGAGGUACAGAGGGCGGCCAGGGGGAGGAGCAGGAGGCGGCAACACAAGGUCUGACUCUAGUGACUCAGUGCUCCUUCACCAGGCUGCAGAGACUCCCUCCUCUCGCCUCACACUGGCAGGGCCCCAUUUCCAUAGCAGUAUUUGCCCUAAGUGGCGAGGUACAAGCAGUGGUCCAGACAUUCCACCUACUGAGGAAAUGCUACCCAGAGGUGAGGGCAAACGUCACAUUCAGUCUAGUCUUCCCCCUCAAUUCCCCCACGUCGCCACACCUCACCCCCACCACCGACGCGACCCCCUGCGAUCGCAUAUUCUCCUCUGCACGUCAACCUAACUACGACUUCAAGGGCGUCCAGUAUCCAAACAACUUACUCAGAAAUGUCGCCCGUAAAGCCACAAUCACUCGUCUGAUGAUGGUCGUGGAUAUUGACAUGAUCCCCGGGGAGGGUCUACACGACGCCUUCGUAUCGUACGCGGGGAGACAAGGUUUGUUUGGGGAGAACUCUGGAGAGGAGAAGACAGUGUGGGUCGUCCCGGUGUAUGAGAUAAAGGAGGAUGUGGCCGUACCGAAGACCAAAACGGAUCUGUUGAUGAUGAAAGAAAACGGAGAAGCUCGGACGUUUUACCAAGAGCUGUGUUUUAAGUGUCAGCGCUACACGGAUUACCCGGCGUGGGAGAAGAAAUCUGAGGUGAAGGCAGGGAAGGUUGAGCCCCUGUACGAGGUCCUGUGGCAAGACCCGUGGGAACCUUUUUAUAUCGCCAGUACCAAAGUUCCUCUAUAUGAUGAGAGAUUCAGGCAGUAUGGCUUUAACAGAAUUAGUCAGGUGUGUGAGUUACAUGUGGCCGGGUACAGGUUCCUGGUGCUGGACUCUGCCUUCGUCAUCCAUCGAGGCUUCAAAACCAACACAGGCUUCCACACCACCAAGGACGUCGAGCAGGAGAGGAACCGCAUACUCUUCAGGCAGUUUAAGGGGGAACUGAAGGAGAGGUACCCGGAGUCCUCACGGAGAUGUUACUAGGAGAUGUUGUUAGUCUGGAGGCCAAGGGGGGGGGAAGGGAGAGGGGCCAUGUCUUUGUCUGUUACUUGAGGAUUUCAUGUGGUUUUUGGCCGGUCUGGGGAGGGUUAAGGGAGAUGUUUGGCCAGUCUGGGGAGGGUUAAGGGAGAUGUUUGGCCAGUCAGGGGAGGGUUAAGGGAGAUGUUUGGCCAGUCUGGGGAGGGUUAAGGGAGAUGUUUGGCCAGUCAGGGGAGGGUUAAGGGAGAUGUUUGGCCAGUCUGGGGAGGGUUAGGGGAGAUGUUUGGCCAGUCAGGGGAGGGUUAAGGGAGAUGUUUGGCCAGUCUGGGGAGGGUUAAGGGAGAUGUUUGGCCAGUCUGGGGAGGGUUUAAAUGUUUGGCCACGCCCACAUACCAUCUUCUACUCUGAUUGGUUGAAGAAACAUUUGGCCAGCCAGUCAAGAAUCAGAAGAAAUGAUUGUCCAUGCCCACAUACCCUCUUCUACUCUGAUUGGUUGAGCUUGGCCACGCCCAUAUACCCUCUUCUACUCUGAUUGGUUGAUCUCCCAGAAGACUUGGGCCUUAGGUUUCAACACCAAUUCAAGCCCCAAUUUUAUAAACAGCUUCUGGAUUUAGUUCUCAAUUGCCUCUACACAAUGACAGCCAUUACAAGAUUUACACAUCAGAAUUCAGUCAGGGAGUAAAAUUUCUAUAUAUUUAGACUUUAAUAUGGAUUAAAAACCUCCCAAGGAUUACACAGUGCUUAAAUAUAAUCAGAAUUAACCAUAGAUCAGACAGUGAAGAUAAAUAAUGCAUUGAGUUUGUCAUAUCGGUGUCAGCCAUGUAAAGGUGAUUGGUGGAUCUAUUUUUGGUAAAUAUUAAGUAAUCUUAAGGUAAAUUUUUUAUAAUAAUAAACUCUUCAUUAUUAUUCAAGCUCAUGA